AUGGGCAAAACAUCAAAGUUUAAAGUUAUUCAAAGAUUUAAUUAAGUUAGGAGACAGCGCACAGUAAUCAUUUUAAAUCUACCUGUACUUUAAAAAUCAUGGCGACUAAGGAGGGCCAGCUUCAAAUGAGUUAUAUCAAAUGUGAGGAAGAAGAAAGUUUAAAGACACUUGUGGAUUGUUUGAAAUGGUAUGCCUCAACAAAGGGAGACGAUGAAUCGGUUGUGUUUGUGUCAGAAGAUUUUAGUAGAGAAGUUGUAACAUGGAAGGAGCUUUAUGAAAAGUCCCGUCUCACGGCAAAGGCGCUGAUAAAGCUGGGUGUCCAAAAGGACGAAGUUGUUGCAAUAAACGUCAGGAGCUGUCCUCAGUGGUUGUACUUGACUUUCGGUGCCAUGCUGAGAGGGGCACGGCCUGUUGGCAUAGUGUAUACAUAUACAGACGGAAGUGAUCUUGUCGCCAUGAUGGAAAAACUUCAGACCUGUUCCUUGCUCGUUAUGGAUCCUGGAAUGGACGGUGCUAACUGGAAAAUUGUGAAAGAUCUUGUGGAAGUUGGAAGUGAUGGAAAAGUUUCGAGUUCUAAAAUGCCGUAUUUGCGCUACUUGGUUGGCUAUGAACCUGGCGAAAGUAUACAUAUGCCAGACGUUUUGAGUUUCAAUGAUAUGAUUAAAGAAGUACCCGAAGACAUUUCAUUGCCUGUGAUCGUCGAAAACGACAUAGCUUUCCUAUUCCAAACAUCGGGCAGUACGGGUGUACCUAAACUUGUUACCCAUACUCAUAGGAGUUUGAUGUACUUGAGAUAUAUUAGCAAAGGAAGUGAAAAUACAGGGCAAUUUGGCGACCGCCCUUUUCCUUGGCUUGGUGGAUUUCCCCUAAAUGUACUAUAUGGAGGGAAACGUGUGACGUUAUCUGGCUUUUGCAAUAUCCCGGAAGAUCGAGUGAAGUUUAUUAUAGAGGUGGUGAAACGAGAAGAGAACAUCUUUGUUAUCUCACUCAUGCCCCCUAUCUUACAUGAGUUCAUUAUUCGUCAGGAUGAACUAAAUUUUGACUGGCCGAUUGUAUGCAUUAGCACAGGAGGACAACCAAUGAAUAAAAAAAAUGCCAGAUGCGUUGGGAAAAUAGCUAAGGUGCUGGCCAAUGGUUACGGUGGAACAGAAUUUUUGUUUGGGGCAACAGCAGUUAUCGUAAAUCCGGACCAUUUUCAGGACAAUCUAUGCGGCACAUUGUGUAAUGCUCCUGGACUGGAGCUGAAAAUCGUAAACGAGAAGGAUGAAAUUGUCCCUGUCAAUACAAAGGGUGAAAUUUGCAUUCGCAGUCCAGCAUUGUUUAAAGAUUACUACAAUGACCCAAUAAAAACGGCCGCUGUUAAAACUCCGGAUGGUUGGUAUCGAACAGACGAUGUUGGCUGGCUAAAUGGCGAUAGCUUACUCUUUGUAGAAGGGCGAAAGUCUAGCAUGAUUAUAUCAGGAGGAAUGAAUGUUGAGCCGGAAAUUUUAGAACGUGUGCUUGAAUCGCAUCCAAGUGUUGGAUCGGCUGUAAUUGUUCCUGUGCCAGACGAAAUAUAUCACCAGGUCCUGUGCGCAUGCAUACAGAUCAAUCCCGGAUGUGAUGUUACAGAGCAAGAGCUUCGCACUUAUUUUGACGAAAACACAAACGACAAACCGGGCAUGUUUACGGUCUUACCGAAGCAUUACAUGUUUCUGACGGAAUUUCCCGAACUUUACACUGGAAAGACGAAUAGAAAAGCGCUAGCCGAUAAAGCGAUGAAAAGGUUUGCAGAUAAACUCGAGUGACAUGUGUACAUAAUAUAUAGCAGAACCAAAUUUUAACUUACACGACGAAGUGGCUAUACUCCUGGAUUUGGAGCAUAUAUAGAGGACGUUACAAGAGUGUCUUUUCAUAUCGAAUUUAUUAAACGAGUUGAAUAAAAUAAUAAAAUGCAAGGCUCUGCCGAGUAUUUUAUCAAUUUUAUUCAACUAGUGUAAUUUA